UUUCAAUGUAAACCGAAUGGCAUUUGAUUGUAAGUUUGGCCCAGUAGUUCCAUCCAACAUUUGUUUGCUAAGCAACUUACAUGUUUUGAGCUUUGUGGACGCAAGAGGCGAUUUCAUCAAACAACUCAGCAAGAUGGUACAAUUGAGAAGACUUGGCGUUACCAAUGUGAAGGAAGCUGAUGAGAAAUAUUUAUGCUCAGCCAUUGCAAAAAUGACACAUCUUCAAUCCUUAAAGGUGAAAUCAUGUAACGAAGAUGAGCAAGUGAAGAUGGACGCUCUUGAAUCCGCUCCCCCUGACCUUCGGAAACUUGCGUUAGUCGGGAAACUGGAGAAGGUACCACACUGGUUUAACUCACUCGACAACCUCACAAGUUUGGUAUUAAAUUGGUCUAGAUUGAGGGAUGAUUUUCUCCCUCACAUCCAAGCAUUGCCUAAUCUUGUACAACUCAAACUACUAAAUGUAUACGAGGGAGAGCGAUUAGACUUCCUUGAAGGAUUCCAAAAGCUUAAGGUUUUAGCAAUUGGGAGAUGCCCUCGAUUGAAAGAAAUUUUGAUCAACAGAGGAGUGAUGCCUGGUCUUCAAGAGUUGUUCAUUGCCGCAUGCCAGGAGUUGACGACAUUGCCGGAUGAUUGGGAAAGUCUACCUGAUCUAAACGAAGUUUAUUUGUCUGAGGUCUCGCCUGAGCUUAUUCAGAAAAUAUGCAGAUCAAAAGGGAUGAAUCAACAAACAAUCAGAUCCAUCCAGUUAAGUAGGGAAGAAGGCAUUGAAGCCAUAUUCAAAAUAACGAGAUGGUUUGAAUAAUCCUUCCAGACGGUAUUGCGAGCACAACAUGAUUGAUGAUUCCAGAGUCUUUGUUCAGGUUCGAGCUCGUGUUUUAUGUUUUGAAG